GUGCAGCCGGAAGGGGCGGAGCUGAGGCGGCGGUGGCUGAGAAGGCAGCGGUGGCGGCAGCGACGACGGCGGCUCUGGAGGCCGCAGUCCCGGUCCUGGCUUCGGCCCCAGCCCCACCAUGGUGACGCUUGCUGAGCUGCUGGUGCUCCUGGCCGCCCUCCUGGCCACGGCCUCGGGCUACUUCGUCAGCAUUGACGCUCAUGCAGAGGAGUGCUUCUUCGAGCGGGUCACCUCGGGCACCAAGAUGGGCCUCAUCUUCGAGGUGGCCGAGGGCGGCUUCCUGGACAUCGACGUGGAGAUUACUGGACCUGAUAAUAAAGGAAUUUAUAAAGGAGACCGGGAGUCCAGUGGGAAAUACACAUUUGCUGCUCACAUGGAUGGAACAUAUAAGUUUUGUUUUAGCAAUAGGAUGUCUACCAUGACUCCAAAGAUAGUGAUGUUCACCAUUGAUAUCGGGGAAGCCCCCAAAGGACAAGACAUGGAAACAGAAGGUGGUGGAGAUACCUGGGAUGCUCACCAGAACAAGCUAGAAGAAAUGAUCAAUGAGCUCGCAGUGGCGAUGACAGCUGUGAAGCAUGAGCAGGAAUACAUGGAGGUUCGGGAGCGGAUACACAGAGCAAUCAAUGACAACACAAACAGCAGAGUGGUCCUUUGGUCCUUCUUUGAAGCUCUUGUUCUAGUUGCCAUGACAUUGGGACAGAUCUACUACCUGAAGAGAUUCUUCGAAGUCCGGAGGGUUGUUUAAAAGCCUUUUCCCCAUAAUCCCAAAUUCAUAAUUCACUGUUUACCAUAAUAAUGUCAUUAGUUUCUAUGUUUUUAUUUUCUGAACUAUAUCUUCACAGCUUGUUUCUUUGUGAUUAAUAGAUAUUGGGGGAAAACACUUUUUUAGGAAAACUAUAGUGAAAAUUUGACAUUUGAUUGGCAUAAAUUCAUAUUUGAAUUCUGAGGGCCUAUACAGGCCCUCCCAAAACUCAAACACUAAGCCGAAUAUAGGUGUAGAGUCCUUAGUUUUCUUUCCUUUUAUUUUCAUUAUAAAAUACAGUUUGUUCAGGAUAGUACUUUACUAAAAGGACUCUCUUCUUGGGAUCCCUUAUCCUACAGUUCAGGUCAUUAGAAAGAUUCAUUUUGUUGAGAAACAACAAUCUGAAUCUUGACAUUUUCUAUCCAGCUUAAUGGUAGAGCUCUGUGACUAGAGUAUGUGACCAGGUUGGUACUUUUAUACUUUGUCUAUCUUGUUUUUGCUUUAAAGAUAAGACUUAAACCAACAACCUUUACCCACCCCUCCAAAGUUUCACUUUGAACCUUAGAACUCAAUCACCUCCACUUAAAAUUGUUGACACAAGCAGCUAAUAACCAUUUUUUGGUUUCUGCCUAACCUUGUAAGAAGUUUAUUAAAGCCAAUUCUCUUGGGUGUUUUAGCAAACGGUAGCAAACGGUCCACUCUGCUUAUGCAUGAGAACAGAGAAGAAAUGACUUCCUCUGUGCUGGCGCAUCCACCUUCUCUUCUCUUGGCAUGUAGGAGGUGUGCAUUAAUGUAAUUGGAAAAAUCUGGAUUUCCGAUGCCAAAGGGUUAAAGCCUCUUGGAUUUCUUUGCAGUGAUAUGCAGCCACUAUUUUAUUUUUGAUCAGUGGCAUUUUGGCCACUGUUUAAUUAGGGUACUGAACAUCACUGUCAGUACUAGGGUUUUUGUUUUUCUUGGGUCUUUCUUUUUUGGCACAUGUGAAUUUUGUUUUGUAUAGAACGAAAAACGACUUUCUUUUGGUCUCUGAUAAUGGGUUUAAAAAUCAAGGAGCAUCUGGUUUUAUUGUGGGGAUGAUCCAGAUUAUGUUGUGACUGAUGUAUAUUGGUUACUUGUACCUUUUUUUUUUGGAUCUUUUCAAGGGGAAAACUACAAGUAACGAGUUUUGUAUAAUUAAAUUUGUUACAGGUUUUCAUGUUCAAGGUAAACAAUUUUUCAACCUUGGGUGAAAAUACUUGCAGCAGUUUAAGGUGACUGAGUUUUAUCUUAGGACAACUGUUGCAUGCCAAUUUGUGUGCGCGUGUGUGUGCAAACACUUCAAAUUGAGUUAAAAGAUGUAAAUUUAAAAUUGGUUGUGUAUCUGAUCUGCCCCAGGUUCAGUAAAUAAACAGUUGUUUUUAAAAACA